UUUGGGAUUGGGAAUUUUACGCUUGGGAAAAAUGUGAGCAUUGGGUAUUUGGCUAGUGCAAUCCAAGGAAUAGGAGCUUUCAUAAGUAAGAAAAGUGUUUGCUAGAAGAACAAGACUCGUUUAGUGUUGUUUAUAGUGUUUGAUUGUGAACGUAUCUUAGGCCAAAGGGCUAUGAUGAUAACUUUGGGUUUAUCUGAAAUUAUUUCAAAAUGGAAAGGAGAAAACUAUUUCAAUUGGAAGACAAGCUGCUUCAGAAAUCCCACUACUGGAGGAUUCUGUUGGCUAAAUCUCUUAGGAACUGCUCUCUACAGUCUCAUAAUGAUAUCUAUCAGCUGCUGUGUAUAUUUCACCUUUAGAUGAGCUCUUUAUGCUGAUAUCAACCAAGGAAUCCUCACAAGCAUCUUUGGGCUCUCGUCUCUAAUCUCAGCCGUUCUUGCUUACUUUAUGUUCGGAGAUAGGCUCAAGAAGUAUCAUGUAAGUAUUUGUGAUAACUUGUAGGUGACAGGAAUGAUAAUGAUUCUAGCCUGAAUUUUUGGAUUUGCAUUUGCUCAAAGCUCUAAAAAGCAUGAAAGAGAAGCUUUAGUUGAUAAAGAAUUUUAUUCAGUUCUUUCAAUAACACUGGCAUGUAUGUGACCAUGAGGUUUUGCGAUUGCUGGGAUGACGGCAAGAUACUUCUCUGAGAAUUACGGGUUGGAUCCCUUGACAUUGACAGCUUCUAAAUAUACCAUCUAAUGCUGACUGUAUGCUCCAUUUGUUAUUUUUAUUUAUGCCACAGAGAAGCAUCAGUUUAUUCCAAACGAGUUCAUUAUAAUUGCUUUUUCAGGAGGAAUUAUGUCACUAGCAAUAGUAUGUGUAAACAAAGCUCUCACUCUCGGAUUAGCAGGCCCUGUAUUUUCCCUCGAAAACAUCGAAGUAAUUGUGAUGACAAUUCUGGACAUCAUAUUCAUGGGAGUGUACCCAAACUUAAUUGAAAUCAUAGCUGCUGGAUUUGGAAUUCUAGGUAUUCAAUAUAUCUUCGCUCUAAUCUCACAUAGGCUGCAUUACAAUCUGUCUUUAUCCAGAAAUUUCAAAAUUAUGGAGAAGAAAGCCGAAUACAUAUUAGACAUAUAUGAAGGUUCAGUAACUAUUAGAGAUAAAUUUCAUAUUUAAUUGAAUAUUUCAAGAAUUUGGAGACAUUAUUAAAUAUCAGAAUUUGUUAGUCACAAAAGUUUAGUUCUUUUCCUUAAGAAAUUUGAGGAGAAAUCAGUUAGAAGCAAAAAUAUUAAUUUGAAGAGAAACAGAAUAUUUAUGAACAAAUCCCAACCAGUCUAUACUCAAGUAUGAGAUUCAAUCGACUUGAAUUUAAGAAUUAUAAUAUUUCUUGUGUG